GAUGGAUGCCGAAGAAGAAGAUCCGUCACGUUAACGUAAACAUCCGCCGCGCGCGCAUGUUUAAGUAGUUUGUCCUCGCGCUCCAUUGUGUCCACAAGUGAGCGCCUCGCGCGUGUUAGUGUUAGCUGUUUUUAGCGCUUUAGCUGUCAGUAAAGACAACACUGAGCAUGUCAGACCACGUUACAUAUGAACAGUGUGAGAUAAAGUAAGUUUCACAGCAGUUAGUGAAUCACUGUCGUCCUCCCUGUGAGCUCUAUUUUUUAUGUUAGUGUGGCUAGGCUAGCCGGGAAGCUAAAACUACGUAAACCACAGUAACGUCGAUUUCUUGUCGGAUUUGUUUCGGACCAACACGUAUCGGUGGCUUGUGGCUCCCUGUCUUGUAUCAGUUGGUUUGCAGAAAACAUAGUUUGAUUAAAAGUAUUCGUCACUAAAGUAGCAGCUAAAACAGAGGUACACAGUCCUACAGAUGAUAGCGGCUAUGAGGCAGAUGGCUUGGAGUUGUCCAUUCAUACAUCAGUCACAAGAAUAGAAUAUUAUAGUUCAUUUGAGUAUUCCCUGAAGUGGGGCGGAACCAUGUACCCCAGACGCUCCUCCAGACUAUCAAAAGGCUCCACGAAGAGCCCCAAAAGAAGCCCAAGCCCUAACAAAGAUGUUAUCCAGCGUAAGUUGAGUGGUAAGAGGCCGAAGGCAGGGCAGAGGAAGACCAAAGCCGUCAACAACAUAGUUGAUGCAGAUGAAGGGAACAUCCGUGACCUCAUUGACAUCAUCAACAGUCCAAAUGAUGCGAAACAUGUCGCUGAGGAGGAGGAGGAGGAUGGAGGGGAGCUUUUAAAGGUGGUUGAUGAAGGAGUGGACUAUUCAGAUGAAGACUCUGUUAUCAGCAGCGUAGCUUCUGGUCCUUCCCUCAAAUGGCGCCCCUCUCCCAAGAAACACAGGCCCUUGCAGGGCGUGUGCUCAGCCUGCCGGAAGCUCUACCAGAAGGCAAAGAAGAUGAAAGCACCACUUAAAAAUAAACUCUUAGACAACAAUCCCAAGUCCCUGACAUGUGACCAGUGGGUCCUGCUCAAGAAGUGGACACCAAGGAGGCUGCCUAAUGCAAGAGGGAAGCUUUUGGCCCACGUACAGCUGGUUAGUAAAAGACUUAUGAUGAAGAACGGUGCAAAACAAACUGAGCAGUGUGUGGAACCGUCAACCUGCUGGAGGCAGCACGCAUUUCUUCAGAGGAACCUUAGACAGAAUAUGAAGGCUCCAGUGAAAAACCAGAGGAAGAAGAACAGGAGGAAGAGGACAAGAGAUGAUUCUCAAGGUCCUCGAGUCGCAAAGCAGCAGCGUCUCAACAGCAGUAAUCGCCGGCAGAACAUCAGCAUGGACUGUACCGAUGACGACGAUGAUCUCCUCCCAGCUAGCGUGCACAGUAGCAGUCCUGGUUUUGAAGAGUCUAAAGAGCAUGAAGCCGAUGAUUCAGCAGACACACAUCUGACUUUUGAGUUGAUUCCCACCUCAGUCAGCCUGGAAACCACUAAGCCAAGACGGGUGUCACCCAGGCGGAAAACACCUGAGAAGACUCGUGGAUUCAGAGACUUGCUUGCUCAGUUGCGUGGCAACAGCAGCAUGAUCGUUAGAGAAACCCGUUAGCUUUUUUUUUUUUUUUUUCAAGCUAUAGUUUCAUGACUGCAGUCAUGAAUGUUCAAGUGCUGGUAAAAUUUUUAUAUAUAUCUUCUGUGUAUGUUAAGUCUGGCUACCGUUCAGUUACUUUUUGGCAUUUACCUGAAGUCUUUUACUUUUUUACUGAGCUCAAAUAUCUGUUAGUGUAUGCGAGUUUUGUAGGCAAAGUUCUGCUUAAGUUCCACGUUAUUUAUUUUAUUACAUUUUAAAAUGCCCUUUAAGUUUCAUACAACAUGUAUGCCAUGACAGAUUAAACAUUUUCAUCACCAGUACA